AUUUAUUUGCCCCUAAUCAAAAUCAUCACCCCUGGCUUCAUAUGGUCCUGAGUGGGGUACCUCAGCCCUAUGAGGGCAAACAAAAUUAUGAGAGUGGCUACAGGGGUCAGCUAUGCCUCAGUUAAAGGUCUUCAGAUGGACUCACUCAGAGCGGGAAAAGCUAAUCAUGAUAUAAUCACACCGGCUCUAGGCCUCUAAAGCCAUGUCUCCAAGAAUAGGUAUAAAGGGGGACAUCCAAAUUCCAUACCGAGCACCUGGCGCGGAAAUACCCUUUUCAAUCCUAGUCUGCACCUUACAAACUAUUCUUGGAAUGAUGGAUUCUGGCUCAGCGCUUAGCCCCGAGCAGGCUGAGCAGUAUUUUGCUCAUAUUGGCCUACCCAUGCGAGGCGCCCAAGGGCGUGAUCUCCGACCAGAUCUUGAAACUCUCUCCGCCAUCCAAGCCCACCAUCUAUCACGAAUUCCCUUUGAGAAUGUCGCGCUGCAUUACAGCAACACUCCACGGAUCUCGUUAGAAAUUGCCGACAUCCACCAUAAGUUCAUCGAAAAGGGACGCGGUGGCUACUGCAUGGAGCACAACCUCCUUCUCUGCCAUGUGCUGCGCUAUAAAGGGUUCCAGGUGCAUCUCACCGGCGCGCGUCUCCAUCGGGAUGCAACCACUCCCAUUCCAGGGUGGUCAGGAUGGGAACACGUAGUCAACAUCGUCACCCUGGCCGAUCGAUCCCAGUACAUGGUUGACGUGGGCUACGGCGGCGACGGCCCCAUCCUCCCCGUGCCCCUGACACCCACCGGCGUGACGCUUCCCAACCUGGGGAUCCAGGAGUUGCGCUUACAGUACGAGUCCGUCCCAGGCCUCUCCAGUCGACCGGACCAGAAGUUCUGGACGUAUCAGAUCCGCAACGGCGCCGAUCGACCCUGGCGACUGUGCUAUGCCUUCUCCGACCUCGAGUUCCAUCCGCCUGACCUCGAGGUCAUGAACUUCUACACCAGCCAGUUUCCGGGCAGCUUUCUCACCACGCGCGUCUUGGCCAUUCGAUUCCUCGCCCGCGACGGUCACAUCUACGGGAAGGUGGUUCUAGACCAGGACAAGGUCAAGGUCAACACGGGGGGCAAGUCCGUGCUAGUCCAGACGUGCGUGACCGAGGCGGAAAGGGUCGAGGUGUUACGGGAGCGGUUUGGCAUUCAGUUGACGGUGGAGCAGCAAGAGGGGAUCAUCGGGAGGAAUUCCGCACUUGCUGGAUGUUGAUUUCUAACUCCUCACGGCGUCUUCAAGGUUGUGGUUUCUGAUACUGAGUUGGGAUAGAGUAGGUGGGUGAAUGGAAGUGCCGCGGGUGGGUUGGAGAGGGUUCGGGAUGCCUCGGACCAACUUCUGAUUUGCUGAUGCAAGUAUAC